CUCUGUCAGUAAAAUAUUAACUUAUAUAUCAGAAAAUAGGCACAAAGGUCAAUGUGGGUGAAAAAAGGGUAAUCCAGCGACCUUUUUUGUGAGACGGGCAUAUGCAUGUCAUCAUGUCCGUGUAUGAAAACUCUCCACCUGAACAGGACUUAGACGACUUCCAACCUUCUUGGCACUGAUUGCACCUGGACUGUCCUGCAUGUAGUGGGUUCGAUUAAACAGUGUGCUGAAGCAAGAGGAACAGAGCAUCAUGGCUGUGAACAUCCCAGGAGUGAUAGUCAUGGUGAUUUUCUAUCUGCUGCUCCUUGGAACUGGAAUCUGGGCUUCUUUUAAGUCCAGGAGGGAGCAGAAGAAAAGUGGAAGUGGUGAUGUGGAAAUGGCUCUGCUGGGAAACCGUAACCUCAACAUGUUUGUAGGAAUCUUUACUCUGACAGCUACCUGGUACGGAGGAGGAACCAUCGUUGGCACAGCAGAGGGAAUGUACACACCUGAUAUGGGCCUAACCUGGGCUGUCACUUUAAUAGUUUCAUACAGCACCUCUUUUAUACUAUGUGCUUUCCUGUUUUCUGAACCACUGAGAAAAAAGAACUGUGUGACGAUGAUGGACCCUUUCUAUGAAAAGUAUGGAAAAGUGCUGGCGGCCGGACUGUCAAUGAUCUCAGUUAUGCAAGACAUACUGUGGUUGCCAGCCACACUGGUGGGUUUAGGAGGAACCAUGAGUGUGAUCCUGGACUUGUCUUUUACUGUGUGUGUCUGGAUCUCUGCUGCUGUUGUUAUUUUAUACACACUGAUGGGAGGUCUCUACUCUGUGGCCUACACUGAUGUCAUACAGCUAAUUCUUAUAUUUAUAAGUUUGUGGCUCUGUGUUCCCUUUGUGUUGAUGAACCCCAGCACCGUGGACAUUAGCCAGACACUGAAGAACAACACCUUACACUUUCCCUGGAUUGGUGAACCAGAAGCGAAAAAGGCUGGGAUCAUUAUUGAUGAAAUUUUAUUCUUGUCACUGGGGAGUUUGGGAUAUCAGUGCCUCCAUCAGAGGAACCUGGCAGCAACUUCUUCAUCAACCGCAAAGCGCACAGCUAUUGUUGCUGCUUUUGUCUACCCCAUGUUUGUCAUUCCUCCUGUCCUGCUUGGAGCAGCUGCUGCAUCUACAGACUGGAACCUGACCUCAUACGGUUCUCCAUCUCCAUAUGAUCGCGGUGAAGCAACUCUGAUCCUGCCAAUCACCCUACAGCACCUCACACCACCCUUCGUCUCUAUUAUUGGUAUAGCAUCUGUAGCUGCUGCUGUGAUGUCAUCAGCUGACUCUGCUUUGAUAUCUGUUGCUUCUGUCUUCAGCACCAACAUAUACAAGACUGUCUUGAGGCCACAGGCAUCACAGAGAGAGAUUCUGAUGGUGAUCCGUGUCGUCAUUUUGGUAGCGGGUGUGAUUGGCACAUCACUAACCAGUGCAAGCUCCAGUGCCCUAGUUUUUUGGUUUCUGACUUCUGAAGUGGCCUAUACUGUAAUGUUCCCUCAGCUACUCUGUGUCGUGUUCUUCCAAAUUUCCAACGGUUAUGGAGCUAUCAUGGGCUGUGUGGUGGGACUGUUACUAAGAGUUCUCAGUGGAAUAGAAUUAAUUGGACUGCCAGUUGUCCUCUGUUUCCCAGGAUGUGUCCUUGAGGAUGGAGUUUAUGUCCAGUACGCUCCAGUGAAGACCAUCUCUAUGGUGUCUGCUGUUGCUGCCAUAUUGUUGUUCUCCUAUCUGACAUCUGUGCUCUUCAACAAAGGUCUGCUUCCUGAGAAGUGUGACAUGUUUAAGGUGAAAGUUCAGCUCUCACCACAACAACUGAGUCCAGCACAUGGUGCUGAUGAGAAUGAGACUGGGCAAUUUCAAAAUACAUGUUUUGAUACAAAAUUUUGAAUAACAGAGGAACUAUGAAUUAAAAUCCCAUUUAUAAAUGUUGGACACAUUUGAUAUCUUUUUUUCACAAUUUCCAGAACAAAAAUGUCUUUGGUUGUGACAGAAUUACAUUUUUUUAAAACUUUAAAAUAACAUUAAAAAUCAAGUAAGUCAGUGAGAAUACGUGUAAAAUGUAUAAAAAAUGGUUGAAUGCCAAGUGUUGUUCAACAGUAUGUAAGAUAAACUGAAAUGUUUCAUACAUAC